AUGGAGAACAUGACAGGAAGAAGAGGAACUGGAGAAAGAGCCAACGCACGUCCUGUUUAUGAAGAUUUCCAACCAAUGGCAGAUUGGACCAAUGAUUCAAAUAGUCAUGGCCUCCUUGUUGAUCUUCCUGGCUUCAAGAAGGAAGAGCUGAAGGUAGAAGUGGACAACAAUGGCAGAUUAGCAGUUCGUGGAGAGAGGCAGUUUAGUGACAACAAAUAUAAGCGAUUCAAGCAGGUCUAUAACUUGCCCAUAGAUUCAGAUAUCGACAAGAUCACCGGUAAAUUUGAUGGUGGCGUUCUCUUUGUAAUCAUCCCAAAGAAAGAAACUGUAAUAGAGGAAGCACCAAAGGAGAAACAUCCCGUUGCAGACGGAAUUGCUGAACAGCAAAAACAGGAAACAUCCAAAGCUGAAGAAAAGCCAAAGAAAGGGGAGGCCAAACAGGAAGCAACCACUGCUGAAGAGAAAUCAAAGAAAAAUGGCAAAGAAGCUGAAGAGCAUAAACAGGAAACAUUCAAAACUGAAGAAAAGCCAAAGAAAGGGGAACCCAAACAGGAAACAACCACUGUUGAAGAGAAACCAAAGAAAGAUGGCAAAGACACUGAUGUUAAACAUGAACAUGGAAAAGGGAUUCACGAGGAAAGGAAGAGAGUAAAAAAUACAAAAAAUGAAGGGAAUGGUGGAUCAAAUGAAGGUAGAAGAGAGAAGGAAGGGAAAGGAUUUAAGUUUGGUUAUGCACAAAGUGCAAUUGAGAUGAUCACUAGGAACAAGGGAAUGGUUUUUGCUGCCAUCUUAGGACUUGCAGUUGGGAUGUAUUUAUCUAAUAAACUCAGAUCAACUGAUAUGUGA